CCCUCCAUCCUUUUGCCCCUUUCUCUAGAAACGGUCACCUCGUUGGUGCAAGCACAAGAUCCUUGUGCAUCAGCACCUACUGCAGCUGCUAAGGUCAUUUGUCAUCAACUACACAAAUGGGACGAAGCUGCACGGGCAGCGAAGAAGACUUUGGUUGCUCUGCCGCCAGGAAUAGCUGCGGGCAAAAAUGCUAUCGCUGCUGAAUUGGCCCCUAUUGCCAGUUCCAUCUAUCAGUGUAUGGAUCUGCAAUGCAUGUGUACCUAUCUACGAGGAAACUUGGCUCCCAAUGGAGCAUGCACACUUCCCAAUGGGCAACCGCUAAGGAAGGCAAUAAGGAAGGAGCUUCGUAUGAUGUCAGACGACGAACGUGAACGGUUCAAUCAAGCAGUUCGUACACUAAAGCAGAACGGUGAAUUUGAUCGUAUUUCUCGAAUACAUGCACAAUCAACAAGGGUCGGUGGAGCUCAUUCGGGACCAGCAUUUUUGCCAUGGCAUCGUGAAUUCUCUAAAAGGUUCGAAUUUGCUCUUCGACAAGUUGAUCCAUCUCUUGCCCUUCCAUAUUGGGAUUCGACCCUGGAAAGUGCUCUACCUCGUCCUGCCGACUCUGCAAUGUUCUCGGCCGCAUUAAUGGGCGAUACCAAUGCACAGGGACUCGUUGACAAUGGACCUUUUGCAGGUUUUAGAACACUUGAAGGUUUACCCCAUGUCAAACGAGCUGUAGGAAAAGAAGGUGCUCCUUUCAAACAGAGCGAUAUCGACUUUGUGAUGAAUCAAAAUCAAGUCGAUCAAGUACUUGCGUUUUCUGCUCCACGACAGGGUUGUCCUUAUAGGACAGACUACAACUGUCUAGAGUACACCCACGGAAAUGGGCACCUGUUUGUCGGAGGAGAUAUGUACGACACGGCCACCUCAGCCAACGAUCCGCUUUUCUAUCCUCAUCAUAGUUUCGUGGACUUUAUUUGGGAACAGUGGAGGCAACAAAGACAGACACGUGCUGAUCGCGAGACGCUUUACCCUCCCGACAAUCAGCUCUGUGCCAGUCCUCAACAUUUCGCCGCUGCUAAUAUGAAUCCUUUCACUCCGAUGAGAAACAUUGAUGGACUAUCAAAUAAGUAUACGGACAAUCUUUACGAGUACGCUGCACGACCAUUCUGCACCCGAGCACUGCCCAAUUGUGGAUCCAAAUUCCUGUUCUGUGAUCUCUCACAUGGACAGCCACGUUGUGCAGCCAAAAUGAAAGUCGGUGGCAACUGCGGUACCUUUGUCAUGGGAGAAGAUUCAUGCUAUAUGGGCUCAUGCACUGCGAUCGUUGUCACGCCGCCUCCUCGACCGAUUCCAACAGUCGCUCCCGUUGUUGUUGCACCACAGGAAACAUGCUUCAACGAAAACCAGUGCUGUGGGACAUGGGCAGCUCACGGCGAAUGUACUCGAAACGUAGCCUAUAUGGAUGAUUGGUGCAAAGCUAGUUGUGGACAUUGCAGGCCACAGUAUAGACUGGUCGAUGACUGCUCUGAUCGCCACAAGAACUGUAGAACAUGGUCGAGCACGGGUGAAUGCAAUAGGAAUGCACUUUGGAUGACGGAAAAUUGCAGAAUGUCAUGUAACAAAUGCGGAACGACGAGAGCUUUUGAAUGCGGUGGAGAAACAGCUGUUGUUACGACCACAGCACAUCCACAACAGCCACAGUGCGAAGCCUCGGACGGUUGCUACAACGAGAACGUUUGCUGUGCGUACUGGAGUUUACUUGGCGAAUGCCGAAAAUCGCCUGCAUGGAUGGCUUGCAACUGCCGAGUCUCUUGUGGUCACUGUGUUCCACUGGAUUAUGGCUACGGAUCUUGUCUGGAUUAUCACCGUGACUGCGCUGGAUGGGCUCGACAGGGUGAAUGCGAAAAGAACCCGUGGAUGUCAGAAAACUGUCGUGCAUCGUGCAGGACGUGCUACUCACAAUUCGACCUCAGAAGCAUGUGUCGCGGUCCUGUUGGUAGUGUAGCGCCAGUAGCAACUGCUCGUCCACGACAACCAACAGUCACUCGACCACCUCCACGUUGGCAACAAGGUGGAUUCCGCUUUGGUGGAGUGGAUUACGAUGAUGAUUGGGGUGGUAUGGGUGGUGGCCUUAUGAGUUGGGGAACUGGAGGAGGAGGUGGUAUUGCAAACGGAUGGGGUGGACCAAUGCCAUUAUGGCAGCGAUCGGCAUGGUUUAAACGAGCCAGAGCUCGAAGAUCUAAAAAUGAUUAA